UCUUCAACAUGUCCAUUUUCACAAAGAAUGCUGGAGAGAAAAUUCUCAUAGACAGGUUUAGUUUUAAUGCAAAAGUAGAGGAGGAGGGGACAGGUAUUACACGGUCAGAGGAAAAACACAUAGCGCUCUCCUAUGUGAUUGGAAAACUCACGUUUGUCGACACGCCCAAAAUCUAUGAGCAUGGAUCAAUUAUCGAGGGCAAGAUAAACGUUGUUCACUUCAACAACACACCUAUCUCUGACAUGUUAGUCUACCUGUUGGAGAAGAAAGGCUGGUCCUCACAUCAUCUCCAGAACCUAACCACGGACAGUCAUGGUAUUGCCAGUUUCUCCCUCAACACAACCACUAUGCCCAUAGAGGAUAUUAACCUCAUAGUAAGUAUGAUUCCUUCUAGGUUUGAAAGACUCUGA